AUGCCACUGAAGGGCAACGAGAAGGCGAGCACUCAGGACGAGGAGAGCGAGGAGUCCUUCCGCGCCCCCCCGCGGCGCACCUGCACUCCGAUUGGUGUCGGCGUGUCGACACUGGAAGCUGUGACGCCACCACUCUCAGCAGUCGCUGCGGGGAAACCGUGCCCUGCCGCCUCCUCCUCGGAGAAGACGCCAACAGCACGCCCCCCGGGACACGCCGGUUCCAGGUCAGACAAAAGAUCAAGCUGGACAAACACGAGCUCAACAACGUCGACCUCCCUCUCACCAGAUGUCGUGUCUGUCUCAAUCGUGCUGAGAGUCCGCCACAUGCUUGUGUAG